UCUCCAUCCACAGGGUAAUAACUGUGUAUUCCGUACAGAUUUGAAGAAGAAACAAGAUGUUUCAACAUGUUAAUUUUAUGUGGCCACAUGGAAUAAAAGAAACACUUCCACUCUGAAUGAAAAUAGGAUGGCUUGUGUUCAAAUAUAUCUGUGCUCCAAUCCAGAGGAUUCUGUGGUUGAGAGGAGGUUGCUGAGGGAGAGUGUUUUCCCCAAACUGAGAGAAUACUGUAGACGCAUGCAUGGGGUUGACUUCAGGGUUAUUGACCCUUAUGAAGCAGCUGAUCCCAAAAAAUGGUGUUCGCAGCGGGCACGACUGCAGCUGCUGGAGGAUUGCAGGACGAAUUCUAUCGGCCCUUUCUUUGUGGGGUUGGUGGGAGAACAGUAUGGUGAUGCAUGUUUACCUGAGCAGAUUGAAGUCUCAGAGUUCCAGUGUCUUCUGCUGGUGUGCGAGCGCAUGGGCCUCAGGACAGACAUCCUGAAAAGAUGCUACCAGAGAGAUGAGAAUGCCAUACCUCCUUCAUUUGUUCAUAUUAAACACUAUGGUAUCCAGCAAGAAAAUCCAAUUGAGGAGAACGACUGGUCCGAGGUACUUCCUGAGGUGAGGAGAAUCCUUCAAGAUGUUGUGAAACAUUGUAUCCAGGAGGGCACUAUGACACAUGACAAAUCUCAGAAAUAUUUUCGGUCUGCCCUUGAUACUGACAUCCGCUUUGCAUAUGAAGACCCUUCUACCAAAGAUAAUGCGAGAUGUCUUUGCUACGUUCAUAAAAUAACUUUCCAAAGGAAAGCUAAUAGAUUGCUCCCUAACGAACAAGCCCAGACAGACCGGCUGUCCCAGCUCCGAGAUCACUUCCUGCCAAGCUUGGUUGGCUCGCACAAGGCCCUGGUGUACUGCCUCACCACAGAGUCUAAUUGUUGGCAAGGUUACUUGCCUGAAAUGAGACUGAACUUUGCUGUUGGUCUGAGUGAACAGCUACAUACAGAUCUUAAGGGUCUCAUUGAUCGUGCCAUCUCAAAAAGAGAACAGGCUUCUGUCAUCGAUAAAUUUGGCCAGAAUGAUUUGUGUCGCAUCUUUUCUUCCCUUUACAGAAUUGAACGUGCAGAAAUCAAACAUAUUAAAGCAUACUUGGAGGAAAGAAAUACCAAAUUUCCCUUUGUACUCAAUGGUAGACCAUGUUCAGGCAAAACUGUGCUUCUGGCUCACUGUGCAAGUCAGGCAUCCAUUUGGUUGAAGGAUCUGGAUCCUGUGAUUAUUGUGUACUUCAUAGAUAUCAACAGCUCCCUGAGACAGCUUCUCAAAACCCUUUGUGAAAGUCUUGCUUCAGGCUACAAGCAUCUAUACAGUACCUGUCUUAACGACAUCUUUCAACUGAAAGAACAUUUCAAAAGGCUCCUGAAUGCAAACUUGAUGUCCAGGAAUCUCUUGGUGCUCAUCGUAGAUGGGCUUGACCAACUGCCAGUGACUGAUGGACCACUGGAUUUGACAUGGCUUCCCAAGACUUUACCUCCAAAUUUAAAGCUUCUCAUCUCCUGCACGGCAAACAGCCCUGCCAUUUGUUCUACUCUGAAGAUAUAUUAUCCAGAAUCAACCCUGUUCUGCGAGUUGCAGCCAGUAGAGAGUAAAAGCUGUAGUCAGCUAUUGACAACACUUCUUCAGGCAUCCAAUAGGAAGAUCACCUCAGGCCAACAGGUGCAUGUGAAUCAGGCUUUUAAGAAAUGCUCCAUCCCACUAAAUGUAGAGCUUUUUCAUAGACAGUCAAGCCUCUGGAGCUCAGAGUUUGAAAUCACAGAGAACAUGUUGGUCCAAGGCAUCCAUAAUAAAAUUGUUUUGAUGUUUGAUCAUCUGGAGAGGAAGCAUGGGAAAGCUUUGGUCUCCAGAGCUUUAAGCUAUCUUACCUUGGCCAGGUAUGGCAUGACUGCAGCUGAGCUGACUGAUGUUCUUUCUUGUGAUGAUGAAGUUUUAGCAUCUUUCCUUCCGCCAAAUGACUGUAUACCACUUUCGUUGAGGGUGCCUGAGGUUUCGGUGGAAAGUCUUCUUUUCGACCUUAAGGGGUUUCUAGAGCUGUGGAACAUUUGGGGUACCCAAAUUCUUUUCUGGGUCAGCAGACACUUCCGUUUGGCAAUAUGCAAGAAAUACCUAUGUUCAAUGGCAACGCGUCAGAAACUGCAUAAUGUUCUGUCAGUCUAUUUUAGUGGCUCAUGGGCUGAUGGCAAAGCAAACCCUUUGAUUUUUGAUGAAGACUUCAAAAUUCCAGGCUCUUUAGACAAAACACAGAAGAUCUACACUGAUCGACAAGUGCCUAGUCAACCUUGGAUCUUCUGUCCCCCUUCCUUUAUGUCUACUGCCAUUAGUUCAAAAGAGAGAACACAUGCUAAUCUGAGGAAACUCCAUGAACUCCCAUUCCAUCUGUUGAAAAGUGGGAGACUUGAGGAGCUUGGUAACCAAAUGACUUCUCAAGUAUUCCUCCAGGCAAUGCUGCAAGCAAUGAUGGGUGACGAACUGUUACUGUGGCUCGAGAGGACAUCUCAGCUGUUUUUUCCCAGAGAACUUCAGCUCCUAAGCAUCAUCCUACGAUCUUCUGCUUGUCUACUGUGCAACAACCCUGCUGACCUGCCAACAGUACUGCAGGCCAAACUCCUUCCUUUUCUGAGUGUUUACCCUACAUUGGAGGAAUGUGUUUAUCCGGCAAAAUCUGAUGAUGUCAUCAGGAGAAAUGGGCUCAAUUCUGUGCUAUCCCCAGUUCCUUUGGUCCCUUAUACCCAUUGUACCCUAAAUGAGUCCAAAGCUUCCCAUAUUACACAAUCAGCUGGAUCUCACUCUGGCACUGUAGUGGUUAUCCUGGAGAAUGGUGCUGCUUGGGUUUGUAAUGGAGGUGUAUUUGAAGCUUCCAAACUACCAGAGUCAUCUCAUCUGCGGUUCACAAGCGUCAGUAGCUGUGAAAAUAUAUUUCUUCUCAGCAGCCAUUGUGGUAAGCUUGUGUUAUGGGAUACAAACGCUCCCACACGCCCUCAAGAAAUUCGAACCCGACACACAGAAAAGGGUGAAAGCUCCAUUCUUGAGGGGUUUUUGGUGUCCAAUGACAAACUAUUUGUGUGGUGGAAAGGACAAAAUGUUGUCAAUAUAUUUGUCGAGAGAGAGGAAUAUACCCAGCUGCACUGCACUCAUGAGAUAACCUGUGUGUCAUGUUCUGAGGGUGGUAAUAUAAUUUACUGUGGACAGAAUGAAAGUUCUGUGACAAUAUUUGAUUGGGCCAAUGGCCAGCUUCUUGCCACUAUCACUUGUCCAAAAAAGAUACCAUUAAUUGACAUGAUUCAUGUCUCUGAAUGUGAUGAGCUACUAACUUGCAUAGAUGAAGCUGGGAAUGUGUUUGCUUGGAAUCUUGAGAUUAUAACAGAACCAGUUCUGAUAAGUGAGACCCAUUGCAGAACCUUGGAGAAGGUGUUAAACAUUGACCACAAAAGGGACAACUUUCUCCUCAUUUGUAAAAGGCAACAAAUACAACUUAUUGACAUUCAUCAAAUGGAUGUGCUCGAUCAAUUAAAUCCACCAAAAGGAAAAACAUUUAAGAUAGCAUUUAUGGAUCGAGACUCCCACUUCAUCCUUGGUUUGCUUAGCAAUUGCCCAUUUCUGCUAGUGUGGAACUGUGCCAGUGGACAAUGUGUGUUGAGUUUGGACACAAAUGGUCAAACUAGUAAUCUUCUGAAUUGUGGGGCCAUUUACCUGGCAGCAAUCACAAAUUCAUGUGUUCUUAUUUGGGACAUGGAUCUUAUCACGGCUUCAGCAAUGGCCCCAAAAUCUGGAAAGAGGGUGGAGAUGGUGGUUGUGGGAUGUCAUGGAAAAAGCUGCUACUCAACAGAUGGCUCAGAAUAUGUAUGGAAGUGGGAGGUUUUGAAGGGUAAAGUUGAAGGUUAUUUCUUUCACCAUGGUUCUGUGGACUCCAUGUCCAUCUCUGCAGAUGGUGACUACCUUGUGACUAUUGCAACAGGAGACAUCUAUGUCUGGGACACCAACAGUGGGAAAAACCUUCACAGAAUCUCAGGCAGUCAAGCAUACAAUGUUUUAAUAACUCCCAAAGGGAACACUGGAGUAACCCUUUCAGAGACCAGCCCAUCAAGGGUUUGGAAGCUGCAGAGUGGCCACAAGAUUUGCAGCAUUCAUCUUCAUCUCAGAAAUCCAAUCAUUUCAUCAGAGAGCACCUUCCUUUUUGGUAUUGACACUGGGGACCUCCUGGCUGUAAGUCUCUGGUCUGGUAAUGUUAGCAAACGGUUCUCCUGCUCUGACCAGUCAGAUGUUGUUGCCUUCCAUUCUCUGCUUAACCAUCCAGAUUAUGUGAUUGUUGCUUCAGCCACAGGGUCUUUGUACUCCUGGAGGUUAACAGAGGAUACUAUUUGUCAUCAAUUCCAACUGCCAGAAUCUUUCUUGUGCCAACCUGAGGUCUUCAGACUAUCAUCAGAUGUUGGUUAUGCCAUCCUUUCAAUCACUGAAUCCACUAUAAACAUCUUAGACCUUUCCAAAAGUAUGUUGUGCUCUUUGAGAACAGAAGGACCUGUUCAGCAGUCAUAUGUGGCUGUAGGCAUAUCUAAUCAAUAUGUGGUAUAUAUAUGUUACUCCUCUCAGGAAUGCCAGAAUGUAUUCUGUGAUCUUCACGAAAAGCCGAUACUGGUAGUUGUCCGUAUGGCAGAUGGGGAAACAGUUGGCAGGUUCUAUUUGUGUAAGAAGCCCUCUACUCUAACCGUGUCAGAUGAUUUAUUAGUGUUUGUAGGGUUUGAGGAUGGUUCUGUUGGGGUCUAUGCUGUUAAUGACGUCAAGAUGAGUGACACCAACUGGAAAGGAGAUGGUCAAAGACUAAUACCUUUGUGUCCAUUAGAGGAGUCACUGAUGUGGGUACCUCUGGUGAAUCCUAACCUUACAUGGGUUGAGUUGGCUUCUCUUAAAUCAUUCUAGUGUGACUGUAAAUGCGUGUGUUGCUCUAUCAAUGCUCAGCACAAUGCACUGUGGUAAAACAUGGGCAUGUUUACUUGGUUGUUUUAACAUGGCAUAUGGGUGUGAUGUGUGAAGAUAAAUCUGAUAUUUUUUACAAUGAGUUACAUGUGAGAUGUAAAUCCAUUUAUUGCAUGGACAACAGACUAAUUAGUUAAUAGAGUACAUGCAGUUUAAUAAGAAGCAAGUGAUUUACAAAUGUUUAUUGUAUGAAUAAUGUACUUUUUUGUUAGUUUGUCUGCCUAAACUCAGCAAGAUACAAAAAGAUGAGAAAGCAGAUGUGAACGUGACUACUGCUGUACUAAACCAAUUUUGAAAAUAUUAUAUUAUAUUGUACUUUUAUAUACUAUUAUUUUGUACUUUAUAUUAUAUUGUAUAGACUGUUUUUGUUUUAUAGUACAAAAAGUGUUAUACUUUAACGUGAUGUUGUAAUGUGGGAUCAUUGGGAAUGGUGGGAACAUUGUAAUGGAUGAACAAAAAACAGUAGCUAGAAUGAUUUAUCUGACUCAAUUUGUAAUAACCUCUUUGUGUAUCUUUUUGUUCAUUUGUUUUAUACCAUGUCAGUAAGAAAAAAAUAAUACAAAUAAAAACUU